CCCCCACCUCCUACCUCCUGGAGGAGAGUGGGGGUGGGGACAAGAGGGGUCUUCCUUAAUUAACCUCUUAAUCCUGCCACGCGGGAUCUUAAUGAGGGGGAGGGACCUCAUUAGAGGGCAGGGAGCCCUGACAUUAGCUCCUUUGUCACACCCCUCUCUCAGGGCCAAUGCCUGGGCUCUCAGCUGGCCCUGGGGAAACUGGAGCAGGAGGCUGGGAAACCGAAGACGGGCUGCGGGACCGGACUCCUGGGCCCUGGAGGAGGAGAUGACCUGCACUCCUGGGUCUGACGGAGCAGGGAGCUGGGGACCUGGACUCCGAAGUCUGAGGGUGGAGGGCCUGGGGGCCCGGAGCCUUCCCCUAACACACCCCCCUCUCCAACGCCCGCUGGCGCGCCCCGCCCCUCCCGCCUCCGGUUAACCCCACGCCUGCGGAGGAGCCCGGGACAGUCGCCCGGAGUCCACGGAUGGACGAGGAGCGCGACCGACACGCGCUCGGCGGCGGGAUGGAGGCCGACGAGCCCGCCAGCCCCCCGGAGCCGCCGUCGCCGCCCCCGCCCCCGUCCCCGUCCCCCGCGGCCCCUGAGACCCCCGGGCCCCCCCAGCCCGAGCAGCCGUCGGAGGCCUAUGCCCGGCAGCUGCUGCUGGAGGAGUGGAGGCCCCCGGGCGGGAGCCUGGAGCUGCCCCCGCGCCUCACCUGGAAGCUGCUCUUCCUGCGGCGGCCGCUCUACCGCAACCUGCUGCGCUCGCCCAACCCCGAAGGCAUCAACAUUUAUGAGCCGGCACCCCCUACUGGUCCCACCCAGCAGCCCCUGGAGACUCUGGGUAACUUCCGCGGGUGGUACAUCAGGACCGAGAAGCUCCAGCACGACCGCAGCUGGACAGUGAAGCAGCAAUGUGUGGAUCUCCUGGCCGAGGGCCUGUGGGAGGAGCUCCUUGAUGACGAACAGCCAGACAUCACGGUCAUGGACUGGUACGAGGACAGCCGGCUGGACGUGUGUGUCUACGAGCUGCACGUCUGGCUGCUGGCAGCUGACCGCCGCACGGUCAUCGCGCAGCACCACGUGGCCCCCCGCACCUCUGGGCGGGGCCCCCCUGGCCGUUGGCUCCAGGUGUCCCACGUCUUCCGCCAGUAUGGCCCUGGCGUUCGCUUCGUCCACUUCCUGCACAAGACCAAGAACCGGAGGGAGCACGGCGGGCUGCAGAGGACAAGGGUGACCGACUCCUCCGUGUCCGUGCAGUUCAGGGAGUGACUAGCUGUUCAACUCCCGGCCUCUUCUGACCCCUUGUCUCACUAAUCCACUGCCUUGAUGCUUUCCUGAUCCCUUAACACCUCCCUGAUCUCUUAGCACUUCCCUGACCCUUUGCACCUCCCUGACCGCUUAGUAUCUCCUUUUCCCUUAUCCCUUUGGAGCUCUUAGCAUUUCUUUCACCUCCCUGACCCUCAGAAGUCCCUGGCCCUUAGCGCCUCCCUGACCUUGAGAAGUUCCUGGCCCUUAGCGCCUCCCUGACCUUCAGAAGUCCCUGGCCCUUAGCGCCUCCCUGACCUUCAGAAGUCCCUGGCCCUUAGCGCCUCCCUGACCCUCAGAAGUCCCUGGCCCUUAGCGCCUCCCUGACCCUUUAGCUCUGCCCUGCUGUCUUAGCACAUCCCUGAUGCGCAGCCCCUCCUGUUCCCCUCACACCUUCACGACUCCUCAGCUUCUCUUUGAUCACUUACCAUCUCCCAAGCCCCUGACUCCUGCCUGGCCCUUGAUUUCCCACCUGACAUCUUCACACCCCCUUGCAUGUCUGACUGGCAUUUCUUCUGCACUCUCUGAGCUCCAUGAGGGCUGAGGGCAGCGGCCACUUCUUCCCGGGCUAGUGCUCAACAGAUAGUAGGUGCUUCAUGAAUCUUUGUUGACUGAUGAAUAAAUCCAUGUGCACAGGA